AUUAUUGACGGUCAUUUUACCAGCGAUAUAUAACUUGAAAGGUUCCGGCCAACAACAUCCAACAACGAACUUUGUUUUACAGGAAAGAUUGAGUUUGUGGAAAUGUAAUGAUAGUGUAAAUAAACUCUUUAAAAAAUUACAUAAAUUUCAUUGUUUUAAUAGUUUGUUUUCAAGGUUUUUGUCAGGAUGACAAAGCUAAAAGAACCCUGUUCGAUUCCAUUAACGUCAUGUUGUCCAAAGAAAGAAGAUACGAUAUCUGUUGAAGAUCCCAAAGACAGUGGAAGCUGUAGCAGUGAGAGAUCUAGCUUAGUUAUUAAUGGUAAUACCAUUUUCCAAGGGCCGAAUAUGAAUGUUGAUCUCGAGUUUAAAGAAAUAACAUAUGAUGUAAAAGUGAAAAAGAAUGAAACAAAAUCUAUUUUAAAGAGUGUUAGUGGCACUUUCAAAAGUGGAGAGUUGACUGCUGUCCUUGGUCCUUCAGGUGCUGGGAAGUCAUCACUUCUUAAUAUUCUUGCUGGUUAUAGCUCCUGUGUAAAUGCUGUAACAGGUGGAAAAGUUUUAGUCAAUGGAGUUGAGCGUAACCUGCGUAGAUUUCGCAAGAUAUCAUGUUAUAUCAUGCAAGAUGAUAUUCUUAUGCCUCACUUGACAGUGUUUGAGUCGAUGAUGGUGUCUGCAAAUUUGCAUUUGAAGUCAGUCCUACGAUACAAAGAAAAACGUAGAGUUAUUGAGGAUAUCCUGUCAGUUCUCGGAUUAAGUGCCACAUCCAACACCUAUCUAAAUGACAUAUCAGGUGGCCAAAGAAAACGUUUAGCUAUUGCUUUGGAACUUGUAAAUAAUCCACCAAUCAUUUUUCUUGAUGAACCUACAAGUGGUUUGGACAGUUUGUCUGCCUACCAAUGUAUCAGUUUGAUGAAGACGUUGGCACAAGGUGGUCGAACUGUCAUUUGCACCAUUCACCAACCUAGUGCGAAGUUGUUUGAAAUGUUUGAUAAGUUGUAUAUUCUCACCACUGGGAAUUGUAUCUAUCACGGUGGACUGUCAAACUUAUUACCAUACAUGGAAACUCAACAGUUGGUUUGUCCGAAAUAUCACAACCCUGCCGACUUUAUUAUCGAAGUAGCGUCAGGAGAAUACGGUGACAUCACACCAGAACUGGUAAAAGCAUGGAAGAUACAAGAAAAACGUGAAGAGCUUCAGCGAAUGGAAAAUGGAGAUUUCGGUAUGUCUGAAAACGUGGACGCCAUGUUGGCACAACAAAUGAUGGUAUCCAUGAUUCCUGGGUGCGGCUUUAAAAAUAGUACAGACAGUAUGGCCAGUACCUCGAGCCAGACUACGCAGUUCACAGUGCUAAGCAAACGUGCAAUGAUUUCAAUCGCUCGUGACAAGAUGUUUACCCACCUGCGCAUUGUGUCUGUCAUCUCGGUUGCCGUACUUAUUGGUUUGUUAUACUUGGGUAUUGGUAACGAUGGCAACAAAGUUCACAGCAAUGCUGGAUGUUUGUUCUUCUCCAUGUUGUUUCUUAUGUUUAUAGCGUUGAUGCCAACAGUACUUACAUUUCCACUAGAGAAGAUAGUGUUCGUACGAGAACAUUUGAACAAUUGGUACAGCUUAAAAUCGUAUUACCUUGCAAAAACCAUGUCCGAUCUGCCAUUUCAGAUCGUGUUGCCGUUUAUAUACUGUUCGAUAGUAUACUUUAUGACGGACCAGCCAAAGGAUGGUAACCGUUACAUCCAAUACGUUCUAAUUACUAUAUUAACUUGCUUAGUGGCGCAAUCGAUUGGGUUUUUAUUAGGUGCAGUUGCACCCAAUGUUCCAACUGCCGUAUUUGUAGCACCCGUUACCGGCAUUCCCGUACUGCUUUUCAGUGGCUUUUUCGUCAGCUUCGACACUAUACCGAAAUACAUGCAGUGGCUGACCUAUAUCUCAUUUGCUCGCUAUAGUUGGGAAGGAAUGCUGGUUGCCAUAUAUGGAAAUAACCGUGGAGCAUUGGCAUGUAAAGAUACUGAUAAACUUUGUUUCCGUGAGAGCGGAGAUGUUCUGCACUCGAUGGAUAUUGAGGAAACGGCGCUUCAUAUUAAUCAAGGCAAAUUUUAUUUCGAUUGUGUCGUGUUAUCUUUGUUUUUCAUCACAUUGCGUUUAAUCACAUAUAUGGUGUUACGACAUAAAAUAAGGACGUCGGCGAAAUAGACCGUGAUUUAAUUGAUUGAUUUAUUUGUCGGCGUUACGUGUGGCUGCUUCCACAAGGUAAUAAUUAUUACCUACAGUUUAGCGUAAAAUGAAUUGUGUUACUUUUUUUAUUAGAUUAAGAACUAUAACCACAUGAAAAACUUAUAUUCUUGACCAAAAAAUUCCCUCUGAAGUCUCGUGAUUUUUUUUCAUUAAAAUCCUCCCCUUUCUCAACGUUUGUGUAAUUUUAACCUCCAAAUUUGAGUCCAAUUGUUAUAUUUAACACUUAUGAAGUUUGUCGAGUGAAAAAGACGACGUGUCGGUAUUUUUUAAUAUGACGACGUGUGAUGACAUACGUCAAAAAGUAUGUACAUAUAAAAAUAUCAGCUCUUGACAAAGAGUGAAAAAAAUAGAUAUAUGACACACUGGUUUCGGAUAAUUUUUUUAUCAUAAUAUUAUAUACAUUGCAUAUUGAACGACAUUCGUUCGAUCUUCUGUUGUUUGACAGCUACGUAAAGUACGAUAACAACGCUUUUAUGCCAUUUACGUGUAAAAUGUUUUGACGCCGACAGUUGUGAUUUGACGUGUAAAGAAGUGACGUCACGACGGACAUUUUUCUCAGUCUCAGUCGUCAGAACUUGUUACGAAAACUACUUUUAAAAAACUGUUUAUUAUUGAGAUAUCUAGAACGUGAAAAAUAUAACGUCAUCGUACUUUACUUAAAACUUCCUAAAUUGUAAUUAUAAAAUUUUAGAAUUUCUAUUAUAUUUACGCUCCAACUUAGGACCCAGACGCUUUGUUUUUUAUGACUAAAAUAUAUUUGCAAAGAAAAUGGGUUCAAAGUUGGUCAUCAGAUUAUAUUAAACGGUUAAAAAAAGACAUUAACUACUUUCGGAACUUCAUUUUUCUGAAUUAUAGAAUUUUAGACGUUUAUGGUUUGGCAUCUAAUUUUUAGCUACUCUAGAACUUUAACAAAUAACGAAAAAAUCUGUUUUAAUGACAUUCAGGAAAACUAUUGUUUUUUUCUUCAUAGUACGUUUUUAUUUUGUUCGUGUUAGCAUAUAGCGAACAUGUCUUCGACUUUGAUAUUUCGUUAGUUUUGGAGGCCGUUUACAUGAGACCCUAAGUGAACUCGAACCGGUUAAGGUCACUUCGAUUCACGGUGUGUUUUUAAGACUGUUUAAAUCAGUUUUUAUCACUUCAUCCUUGAUCGAUCAGUGCGCAUGCUUGAAAUAACGAUCUUAAAACACGGCCGUUUUACUGAACACCCUGACAUUAAAUUUCACCAUUAGUAAAACAUUACAUGAAACUUGGUCACUUUUCACCUGAUGUGCGGAAUUUCGCUUCGCCUGAACUUCACUUCAAUCUCAUGCAAACGACCUCUUUUAUUUUGACGUGGGUUUAUUUGAUUUUUGCUUGAUCGUAAGAACUGCUUGCUGUAUCAUCUCUCUUUAGUGUUUUUUUAUUUUUAUUUUAAAAUCGGCCAUCCACGUCACUAUAAUAAACUCUGGCACAGACUACGUUUUUACAUGGGGUUUUAAAUAAAUAUAAAGAAUUUACUGCACAAAAAAUAUCUACAAAGAAAAAGUGUAAUUUGA